AUGAGGGCAGCAAAUGGAGCAGAAAAUACUUUCCGCUGCUUUCCUGACUUGUACCUCGAGCUACGACAUCACAUUUGGCGUUAUACUCCUGCUCUUUUCCCUCGAAUCAUCGAAGUCAGACCACGCACAACUCCGACCGAAGCAUGGGAUCCCCUUACCACCAAACAUCAUGUUAGAGUGACUGCACCUAUUGCCCUCUUACAAAUCAACCACGAAGCUCGAGAAUUGCUGCUGCCAUUCUAUACUCUUCUUAGCUCAGACGUGACCCUUACCCAGAUCUCCAAAUAUCACUUAGCUUCUCCAAGUCCUCACGAGAAGCCACCCAUGGUCAACUUCGAUACGGACACUAUAUAUUUUAGCGUAGCUUGGAGUACUACCGAAGAAAUUCCAUAUCUAUCUUUCAUACAACGAUUGUUCCAAAACUUCGAUCAAGAUAAACAACGAGUGCGAAGACUGGCGGUGGAUAAUUUCUCAGAGUUGUCGAGCUUGAUAGACUUUCCCUUCGAAUUGAGACAGCCUGCAAGCGGCGAACAUGGCAUCACGAACAUCCCAAAAUUGCAGAGAUUGGAAAAUUCAUAUCUUGAACAGAUAGAAUCUAAAGACGACGAAUAUGGUGCCGAGAAUCCUACAGAGUUCUCUUUGGAUUCGAGACACUCUGAUGAUCGCCAGGCCGCCUCGGAACCUUGUUUACCGUACAAGAAUUCAGCUCUCUUGGAGUUCAAAAACUUGGACGAAUUGGUCAUAGUCGUUAAGCCUACUCACUUGAGGGCUGAUGUGGCGUUGGUUUGCUUUGUAGAUCUUGGGAACACCAGCAUUGGAGAGGAAGAGGAGUGUGUCAAUAUCCUACGUGCACUGGGUUCCGGAGGGUGGAAAGUACCGAAGAUAAGAAUUUGUACAACACAUGUAGCUCCAGCAAACAAUCGAAGAAUGGAAUCACAGGGAGCCUAUUUGGAGAGAGUAUAUGGAAAGGCUUUUGUUUUGAGGUUCACUGGAAAAUAA